UUGUGUCCCCUGCAGAUCCCUGACCCCGAGGCCUGUGACCAAAUGUACGAGAGCUUGGUCAGGAUCCACACCAACUUCUACAAAAACAAGUACCCACGCCUGAAGGACACCACCUUCACCGGGGUGACAGUGGAGGAUUGCAGGACAAUCCUGGCCACAGACAUUCUGAGACAGAUGGAAGACAGGAAAAAAGGGACGUGGAAAAGACUGCGGGAAAAGUUCUCUGCCAAGAAACCCGAGGAGGGUUGAAGUGAGGGCCCAGCUCUCAGCUUCUCCACUGUACAUAUCCCUGAAGCUCUGUGUGUUGCCAUGAUGAAUAAAACCACUUAUUCCUCUUAGCAACAGCA